UAUCACAGAGCGCUUGCAUUGCACGCAGCAACUCACAUAACCGCGCAUUCUGCAAUGCUCUGUCUGAUCUCCCUUCUUGCUACAGUUUUAACAAAGUUUUAAGAGUUCGCGUCACUUGGUUUGCGUCCUUGUCUCGUGGCCGAGGCUAUUGUCUGUGAGGUGAAGCGGAGCGCGGCAGUGCAAUGCGGUGUAGUGUCCAGUUACAAACAGUGCACUGUGCUGCUGCGAAGAGGCACCGCGACAGAAAUAUAUGGCUCUAGAGAGACGGCCGAGAGAGAGAGAGAGUGAGAGAGAGGGGGGAGAGAGAGAGAGAUCUGAGAAAACUGCACAGUAGUCAGAGACUGACCCGGAGUUACUGGAUUUUGUUUUAAAUAGGAGAACGCAAACUGGGAUUACUCUACCUUUACCGUAUUUUUUCCCCCUGAGCCACAACAACACUCACCUUCUUCAGACUGGUUGAGACUUGCAGUUGUUCUCCUGCUAGAUGAAUAGGAGUAGUUGGAGACUUCACUAGAUCGUUGACAGCUUUGUGGGAGUUACCAGUGGCGCUGAUGUUAAGGCUGAGGCGUGUCUCUAAUGCGAUUAGCUCACGGCCCAACAGGAAGUAACCGACGCCCCACCUUCCCAUGGCUCCGCCCCCCGUGGGUCGCCUCUCCCUUACCCGGCAUGCGGUGCUGUUGCUGCACUGCAUGCUGGUCCUGUGGGCUGGGGGCGUGGUUGGCAGGAGAGGGCCGGUGCUGCUGCCUGAGUCGCCCUGUCACCGGGCAGAACACCCCCUCAUCUCACACACAGAUAUGGAGCCGUGGAUCCACAGGUUCCGGGCUGAGGGCACGGUGGAUUACUCCCAGCUAACCUUUGACCCCAGCCAGAACGAACUGAUAGUCGGAGCCAGAAACCACCUCUUCAGACUCAAUCUGGAGGACCUCUCGUUGAUCCAGGAGGCGGAGUGGCACUGUGAUGAGUUCACUAAAGGAGCCUGCUUCAGUCGGGGGAAGUCAGAGGAGGAGUGUCAGAAUUACAUCAGAGUGCUGCUGGUGAAUGGAGAUAGACUGUUCACCUGUGGAACCAAUGCUUUCACACCCAUCUGCACCAACCGCACUCUGACCAACCUGACAGAGAUCCAUGACCAGAUCAGUGGGAUGGCCCGUUGUCCCUACAACCCUCUCCAUAACUCCACAGCCCUGAUCACCUCCAGCGGAGAGCUCUAUGCUGCCACCGCCAUGGACUUCUCUGGCAGAGACCCAGCUAUAUACCGCAGUCUGGGGGGGCUGCCGCCUCUACGCACUGCACAGUACAACUCCAAAUGGCUCAAUGAACCUAACUUUGUCUCCUCCUACGACAUUGGGAACUUCACCUACUUCUUCUUCAGAGAGAACGCAGUGGAACACGACUGCGGUCGGACCGUGUUCUCUCGCGCUGCCCGGGUCUGUAAGAACGACAUUGGGGGCCGCUUCCUAUUGGAGGACACCUGGACCACGUUCAUGAAGGCGCGGUUGAACUGUUCUCGACCAGGGGAGAUACCGUUCAACUAUAAUGAACUACAGGGGACGUUCUACCUACCAGAGCUAGAACUGCUCUAUGGGAUCUUCACUACUAAUGUGAACAGCAUAGCAGCGUCUGCGGUGUGUGCCUUCAACCUCAGUGCCAUCACCCAGGUGUUUGGAGGUCCCUUCAAGUACCAGGAGAACUCUCGCUCCGCCUGGCUACCCUACCCUAACCCUAACCCUGACUUCCAGUGUGGUACCAUAGACUACGGCUCCUACGUGAAUCUGACAGAGAGGAACCUGCAGGAUGCCCAGAAGUUCCUGCUGAUGAAUGAGGUGGUUCAGCCGGUCCAGCCUGUCCCUUACUUUAUGGAAGAUAAUAUCCGCUUCUCCCAUGUAGCUGUGGACGUGGUGCAGGGCAAAGACAUGCUGUUCCAUAUCAUCUACCUGGCCACAGAUUACGGAACCAUCCGUAAGGUCCUGUCUCCUUUGAACCAGUCCAUGGGCAGCUGUCUAUUGGAUGAGAUUGAGUUGUUUCCGCCCAGGAGGAGACAACCAAUCAGAAGCCUCCUGAUCCUUCACAGCAGCAGUGAGCUGUAUGUCGGGGUCAGAGACCAGGUCAUCAAGAUACCACUGAUGAGAUGCAACUUCCACAAGACCAGAGAGGCGUGUGUGGGGGCGAGGGACCCGUAUUGUGGCUGGGACCUGGUGUUGAGGAAGUGCACCACACUGGAGGAGAGCGUCAGCAUGAGCCAAUGGGAACAGAGCAUCACUAAGUGCCCUGUGCGUAAUGUGACGGUGGAUGGAGGGUUUGGGUCCUGGUCAGGCUGGGGGGCCUGUAGCAAUACUGAUGGAGGCAGUGCUGGGUCCUGUCUGUGUCGGACCAGGGCGUGUGAUAACCCCACACCCCAGUGUGGGGGUCAAUCCUGUCAUGGACUCAACGUGGAGGUGGCCAACUGCUCCAGGAAUGGAGCGUGGACCCCCUGGACUCUGUGGGCUCCCUGCAGUACCAGUUGUGGCAUUGGCUUCCAGGUCCGCCAGAGGUCCUGCAGCAACCCCACCCCGCGCCACGGAGGACGAGUGUGUGUGGGGCAGAACCGAGAGGAGAGGUAUUGUAACGAGCACCUGCCCUGCCCGCCUCAUGUCUAUUGGUCGGCCUGGUCAGCAUGGGAACGCUGCACGGUGCCCUGCGGAGGCGGCAUCCAAUCACGUCGCAGGACCUGCGAGAACGGCAACGAGUGCCCUGGGUGUGCCCAGGAGUACCAGUCGUGUAACACCCUCCCGUGUCCAGACCUGAAGAAGACCACCCCUUGGACCCCCUGGACGCCGGUCAACAUCUCGGACAACGGCGGUCACUACGAGCAGCGGUUCCGGUACACCUGUAAGGCCCGCGUCCCGGACCCUGCCCUGCUAGAGGUGGGCCGACAGAGGAUAGAGAUGAGGUACUGCUCCAGUGAUGGCUCCACUGGAUGCUCUACUGACGGAGAGCUGCUGCUGUCGGGUAAAAUCUCCGGCCACACUGUGAACGGAGGCUGGACAUCCUGGAGCUCCUGGUCUCAGUGCAGUAGAGACUGCAGCCGAGGGAUACGUAGCCGUAAACGGACCUGUACCUCCCCUGAACCACGCCAUGGAGGACAGACCUGCCUGGGACCUGCUCAGGAGUACCAGGAGUGUAAUGUCACACCCUGCCCAGUGGACGGUAGCUGGUCGUGCUGGUCUGGCUGGUCUAAGUGUUCAGUGACGUGUGGAGGGGGACACUAUAUGAGGACGCGCACCUGCAACAACCCCCCACCAGCCUACGGAGGAGAUAUCUGUCUGGGACUGCACACUGAAGAGGCUCUCUGUAACACACAAUCAUGUCCAGAGAGUUGGUCUAACUGGUCUGAAUGGUCCCAGUGUGACAGUGCUGGCUCCCAGCUGCGUGUCCGUCACUGUGACAUCCUGUUCCCUACUGGAAACCAGUGUUCAGGAAACCACACCGAGACCAGGGCCUGCCCACCUGACUCCAACUUUAUACCAGAAGUCUCCAUUGCCCGUUCAAGUCAGGAGGAGAGAAGAUGCGGAGAUUUCAACCUGUUCCAUAUGAUUGCUGUAGGCCUGAGUAGUUCUAUCAUGGGUUGUUUGGUCACUUUACUAGUGUACACCUACUGCCAGCGCUACCAGCAGCAGUCUCACGAUGCUACGGUCAUCCACCCCAUCUCAGCAGCACCACUCAACACCUCCAUCACCAACCACAUCAACAAACUGGACAAAUAUGACUCGGUGGAGGCCAUUAAGCCCGAUGUGUCCGUACUCUUGACCCUGGACGAACCCGGCAUGCGUCAGCCUCUGUCUGCUAACAUGGCCGUGUCCAUGCGUGGCCUGGAGAUUUUCUACUAACUUUCUACUGACCUCUGACCUCUACAACAUCCCGCCUCUUGACUCUCCUCCUAGCCUAUCAGCAACCUCCUUCCUCUUCCUCCCCACCGCGCCCCCACUUCCUGUGGCGCUUCUGUGUGCGACAGGCUUUCAAUAAGAACAACCUGAUUCUGGAGGAAAGAAAUAAGUACUUCAACCCCCAGCUAGCUGGGAAAACAUACACCAACGCAUACUUCACGGACCUUAACACUUACGAUGACUAUUAACCCUUCGUUGGGCUACAGCACCGGGGAUACACACCCUUGUGCAGACAACAACCCCACUCCACUCGCUUUGACUAUGUCAUCUUUUUUUCUGCUUUGUGGUUUCUAAUGUAAUUUGUGACAUUUUAUGUGGGACCCUCCUACUCUGGGACACUUAGGCAGCUGCCAUUCAAUCAAAUUACAGACAGACAGUGAUGUCAUCAAAGGGACAUGCCCAAUUUACUUUCCUUCGCGUGCUCUGAUGGGGUUCACUGGGAAUGUUCAUCUUCGGAAAAACAAAAAACAACAAGAUCCUGACUUGACUCUCAAACAUGGAGACAACUGGAAUUUCGUUUUUUUCAUGGAAGGAAUGGAAAAAAGUUUUAAAAAAUAAAAUAAAAUAUAUAUAAAAAAAAAAGAUAUAUAUAUAUAUAUACAUAAAUAUAUAUAUAUAAACUUAAAGAGCUGUCUGAAUGGGAUGGAUCCCUCUUUGAUUUCCUGUGAAUUAUCUGAUUCCAGAACUGUGUCUGUUCUGGGGGAAGAAAACCACCUAACUGCUUUGCAUGAAUUCAUCUGACGUGUUUUUUCUGUCGCUCUGUUCAGUUCUGCAUGGUUGGUCACAUUCCACUCCACGGGUCUGUAGUCCAAUAACUGCUCCGUCUAGAGAGAGGCUAUACGGACAUACCUGGUGCCCAAAUUGUUGACGUAUGUCGCGCAGCUGGGAGUCGAGUGAAGACAAACGGAUUCAGUUCAGUCAGUUGUCCUGAUGAGCCCUUCCCAGCUAGCUAGUUUGCUUGUGGCUAGAAACUUCAGCAAGAAUUUAAAACUUGUCUGCCGAAGUUGGGAUUUGGGAGUGUUCAGAAUCAUUCAGUUUUUAUAAUAAUAAUAAAUAAAUAAUGGAGACGUAAUCCCGUAACUGUAGAUUUACGGUGCUUUAGCUGUCAUCCUGGCUUGAUAUUAGCUACUUCCUUCUCCUAACUGCGGCAAGCGGGAGCGAAGAACACUGCCCCGUGUUGUGUUGCCGGCUUGUAGCGCAAACUCUCCCAAAUGAGCAGUGGACUGUAUCACUGUGACAUCCAGAUGGUUACUACCAAUAUUAGUAGGACGCUAUCCCACUCAAAAUAAAAAUCAAGUGGCAUGGUUAGGGUCAUUUGCGCCGGCUUGUCGUUAUGUUACCUAAUUGGCAUGUCAUUGGCAUGACAUACAGAUGGUGACCAAUAGCCUACAACUACUUUCUCCCUCGCCCAUCAAAAUAAACACAACUUUCUUUUACAAGUUGUAACUAGCGCCAUGCUGCUGCUGCUGCUAGCUAGCCAGCAUAAACUAUCUAACGGGGAAGGGCUCAUCGGGAUGACUGUCUGAACCGAAAUCAUUAGUCUCCACUGGACUCUCAGCUGCACAAUAUAUGUCAUCAAUUUGGGCACCAGAUGUGUCUGUAUAGCCACUCCCCUUCAUCUGCUGUGCUAGGGUCCUACAGCGUACCCCAAAUGGGGUGGCCUUAGUGAUGCCUGAUGAAUUGACCCAACUACUAUGCUCAACGUUAGAUAGUCACGUGCUUAGCGUACCCAGGGUAGCUGUCACUCAAUAGCUACCCAAUUUUAGACUUUUGUUAAACCGAUCUAGUGCUUUUAACCAUCUACCUGUGACAGCUAUCGAUCAGAAUGUAGAUAUUUUAGAGAUGUGACCAUAUGUCUUUCUUUUACAGGGCUGGCGUCAGUUUAGCAGUUAGCAAUGGUUGAGAUAUCAGUGUACAAUCUUUUUUGCUUUUUGUUGAUGUUAUUGUACAGUGAGCUCAUUUAGAAGCAUAUAUAUAUGUCUCUGUAGCUUUUAUAGGUCCAUUUACUCAAUGUCAGUGUUAAAAAUAAUACUUUUCUUUGUUUUUGCGAAGAAGUAAGGAGUUCAUGCAAGUAGAUUGGAUAAAGUUGAAAGGAAAGAAUGGUCAGGAAUAUGUAACUAGAUCAUGCUUAAGCUGUCGUCAUAGAGGAGAGCGGGGGCAAUUGUAACACUUUUUAUAUUUUACUCUAUUGCUCAGAGACAACCUGAGCUAGGCCAGUCAUUUUUAUAUAUCAGAAACUAACAUUUGUCUCCUAAUCAUUCAUACCAUUUAUAUGUCUGUACAUAAGAUGGUCAGAUCCCAAUAUAGAUUUUAAUCAGAAAAGUCCUGUGUCAGGGGCAAUUGUAACAGUGGCAGGGGUCAAAUGUAACACCUAAAAAAAGAACCCAAAUAACAUGAUAAAUUAUCGUAUUAUCACAGACAUGUGUAAUGAUUUUGCAAUAAAUAUACAUAUUCUAUGUAAGUAAUCAAUAUUUACAGUAACACCCUGUGCAUGGCCAUUCAGUUCAUCUCCAAACCUCUUGAAUAGUCUGAUAGUGCCCAGAUUAUAUAUUUUUACAACUUAUAUGGCACUCUACAUAGGAUCCAAUGUUAGUUACUAUUUGUAAUAAUAAUUUUAAAGGUUGAGUAAGACUUUUCUCCACAAAUGUACCAACAUUUAUAUUAUGCCGUAUGUAAAUAGUUUAUGAUUAGUGAAUGCCAUAAUGUAGUUACUUUGUUAGAUGCUUCUCCCUAUUAGCUGCAAUCUUCUUUUUUUCAAAGCCAUUUUAGCGAUCACCCUAGCUGUUCGGUCUGAAAACAUUUACACAUCAUGGGAAUUUGUCAUACUAUGAUGUCGACUCCUUCCGAGGCACGUGUUGAUAGGCAACCCCCCUGCACUUGCCAUGGCAGGCCUGCUCCCUCCAUGCUUAAAGCCAGUGUGAGAAACAUGCAGCAUUUGUGCAAUGAAACUUAACAAAUACGUCACUCAAAACAAAUACAAAACUCAUUUGCUAAAUUCAAGAUAGUGAUGUAGGACAAAGCAAGGAGGGUGAACUUCAAAACGUAAUAUAGUUUCAUUGGAAUUUGAAGCUGUUGUUGGUAAGUAAUGAAUCCGCUACCUUUGACAUGACUUACCUUAUCCAAGUUAAAAUCACUUGUUUUCAUAAGUUGUCUUCUUGGCUCAGGGUAAUUUUAACAUUGCAUUGCAAUUACCCCAAACCCUAGCAGCCAUGACAAAACCUCAUGUGCCUAACAAAAGACAACAAUAGUGACACAUGUCAAUCAUGUCAAUGGUGAGCCAACAUAUAGUAACGCAAAUGAUGCUAGUUUGAAUUCUUGGACAUUAAUGCUCAGGAGAGUAUAAGAAAAAUACAGCUGCUGGAAAACAAAUACUUUCACCCCUAAACAAACAUUUGCCAAUAAAGUGUGAAAAUAGUGAGAUAUUUGGCUUUUCAAGCAGGGAGGGAACCUAAAUGGACAUGUGCUGAGGGAUUUUGAAUCAUUCUAGCUGAUUUCUGUGUGGAGAAAUUCAAGGUGUUACAGUUGCCACUGGUCUCCCCUACUUUGUAUAGUUUUUAUAAUUUUGGAAUUCAUAAUUUUGAAACUGUUUGUUCACAAUUGUUUAUUUGGCUGUGUGGCUUAAUGAAUUGAUUCUGUCUGGGGUUAUAGUAACGGACAUGGAGAUAGUGCUUUACAAACAUCCUUCUCCAGAACCUGAAGUGGUACUUUUCAAGGUGUAAUAUCUCUGUUUUGUUUAAAGAUGAUGUACAUCUAUAACUGAGUGAAAUAUUCAGUAUGUUGGUUUCUUCAAUGUUUUCAAUUGUAACUAACUAUUUUUUUUAUAUGUUUGCUUGUUUUAUUGUGAAUAAAUUAAAAACCGCUUGGUACACUU